UAGCAGCUGUAAUUUCGAAUAGAACGGUCGCAUGGUCGAUCCGUGGUAGUGGCAAUCGCAAAGAAAGCACUUUCAAGGCAUAGUCGGUGCCUCACAUUGCUGCCCCUCCCUUUGAAAGGCAACAAGGAACGAACAGACAAACGGGCGGAUGGGCGCUUCUUUAUGGCAAUUUUCAUACGAAACGAGUGCAUAUUUUUAGAAUUUCUUUGCUGAAAAUAUACGCGAAAGGGAAUAGCAAAAAUUCAUUCAUAUAUACAUCAUAUAAUAAAAAUUUAUUGGUGAAAAAUCAAAUCAAAUCUGUUUUUGCUCUAAUCAAAAUCAUUAAAGAUUUGUUUAUAUAAUCACUCAGCAGGCAUAUAUAAAUGUAUGCAAAUUAAUAAAAACUCAAAUCAACGAAAAUCAAGUGCAAUUUUACAACACUAAAAUACAAAACCCGAACAAAUGAAAGUGAAUUUAUUUUAAGUGAAACGAAAACCAAUAACAAAAACAGGCAUACAAAAAUGUCCCGGGGAUCAACAACGAAAUGCAGAAAAUGGGCAACAUUUUUGGUGAUUUUAUUGAUGAUUCUAUCAUUUUUACCACCCUCACAAGAGUUUUCCUUUGGUUGGGGUGGUGAUGAGGAAGGCAAAUCCAAAGAAGCAGCCUCCACUUCUUCAGGGCGAGAGGCACGUAAGACGCCAAAGCGUCAUGUGGUGGAGAAAAAGCAUAAAUUUCAUAAAAUCGAACGCAUCAUAAUAGAAGACGACGAAGACGAGGGCGAUGAAGAAGCUGAAGAUAAUGAAAACACCAACGAAUAUGGUGGUGGCGGCGGUGAUUCUGCCAACGUAGAGGACACUGGCGACAACCAUGCUGGCGAGGAAAUGGACGACGCCGAUGAUGCCACUAAUGAAGACCAAGAGCGGGCCGCCUCUAUAAACAGUGCCAACAAUGAUGACGAAGAGGAGGAGUUUCGUUUCAAAAGAGCCCGCAAGGCAGAAAAAGUGGCACGCUCUUCUAAGAAAGCUGCUGCGGCCAGUGCUGAAAGUCAAGAAAAGUCACAAUCUUGGUUCUCCUUUUCGUUUUUCGGUUCUUCCCAAAAGGACAGUGCCACCAGCCAGCAGGAAGAGGAAUCAGCUGAGGCUGCCACACCCAAAUCAAAUGGUAUUAUCGAUUGGAUUUUAUGGCUGGGUGAACGGACGGGACGUUUAAGACCUGAUUCUACAGAAGAUACGUCGGCCCAAGAAGCAACUGAAGCAAGUGGUGAAACCUGGUUUGAUUAUUUCAAUCGUUGGCCCUUCAAUAGCCUCUUUCCCAUUGGGAAACCACCAAAACCCAUAAAAAUGCCUAAAGUAGCUAAGAAAUCCAGCAGGGAUGUUUCCAAAGCCGAUGAAGGUUCAGAGGAACCCCCCAUGAGCCAAGAAUCAUUUGACAGUUUACUCUACAGUCUACCAAAUUUCAUUAUCAAAGUUCAAGAUGCACCAGAUGCCGAAUGCCGCGAACAAUUGCAAAUAUUUCAGAGACAAUUGAGGGGUCGUAAAUUGUGGACAUUACAGAUGAUGGAUUCCACUGGCAAAGUUGGUCCUGGUUUAUUGCGAGGCAAUAUAAAUCAAUUUGGCGACUUCAAUUUGUGUACCGAUAUAAAAACGGUGGUUAAAGUUGCAGCCAAUCGUCCGGUGCGCAUUCGCGGCAAAUACUGUCUGGCUCACAUUGAAACGCACACCUCGAUAACUCAACUCAAGAUACCCGUACAUAUGAUGCACGGUCGUGGUCUCUUCAACAGUCAUUUAGGAAACCCAUAUCAUUUUAUACCCCGUUAUGGUGUAGCCAAUUGGGGCAUUUGUGUACCAAAUGCUUGUGGUGGAGAUGUCGUUCGUCACAUGCUGCAAUCGAGUUUGCAGGACUACAAUAACACUGGUGUUGAACUACAUGUGGAAGUAGAUGAUAACGAUUGCUAUGUGAAACAGGGAAGAAAAUUCUUUAAACUUCUGCAAAAGGAUAAGAAGUUUUGUGCAACAAUUCUGUACAUUUUAGGUUUAUUCCUAUUGUCAAUGUCCACGCUGGCCUGGGAGAAUUGGUCACGUAUUCAACCCGUGCUGCAACGAUUCGUAGACAUAAUGAAAACUUCAGCAGAAAUGAUUAAAUCCAUUUUGGGAAAAAUCUCAACAUGGUUUGCAGCAUUAAUGGAAAAAUUAAAAAAGAAAAGUGAAACUGGUGAAGGGGAAGAGGCCGAAGGUGAACAGCAAACAAUAGAAAAUGGAUCUGGGGCGGCUGAAGAAACUGGAGGCGAGGAGGUAGAGACAACACAGGAAAACACAGCUGAAGAAGAAACCAAGGAUGAGGAAGAAACAAAAGUCGAAAAAGAGGGCAAAGAUGAUACAGCCAAUGCAGAGGGGGAGGAGGAAGCCGUAGAGGCAACAGGUGAAAAUCUCUCUCUCAACCACUUGGCUUUAGAAAUUUUCAAAUCAUUCUCCCCAAAACGUACACUUGACAUACUUUUGGCUUCCGACACCGUUGACGUACCGUUUCCGUUGAUUCACGUGCUAAAAGUUGGCGCCACUUUUAUGCUGUAUUUGUGUUUGAAAUUCCUAAUGAUUGGCCACCUGCCAAUAACGAAUCGUGACCAACUUGUUCGCACUCUCGAUCAUCCCCUGAGUGUGUUGAUACGUUCACCUAUGAUUUAUGCCGAUAUUUUAUUGUUGAUCAGUGGUUUCUUGUCCGCCUAUAAUCUGUCCGAGGAAAUGGAACAAAAAUCGUACAUUCAACUAUUGAAGAGAUUGGCUUUGAAAGUCAGUAGAUAUUUGCCUACGGUUUAUUUGUUGGUUUGUUUUCAAACAUGGAUUUUACCCCACAUGAAUUCGGGUCCUCUAUGGUCGAAUAUAAUUGGACAUAAUGCUCGCUUAUGCGAUGAUCAAUGGUGGCGCAAUAUAUUGAGUGUGCAAAAUGCUAUUGACUUUGAGGAGACAUGCUCACCAUCCACAAUUCAAUUGGCUUUGGAAGUUCAAUUGUAUCUAUUGGGACCAUUGAUUGUAUGGCUAUACUACACAGAUUCGGAUGCUGCAUUCUUUGUCUAUGGGGCUUUGCAUGCCAUGUCAGUGGCCGCUCGUUAUGCCAGAACAAAUAAAGAACAUUUAUCAAUGAUUUUGUUCCAUGGUAUUAAUGUUAGCAAAUUUUAUCGCACUGCCAAUAUCUUAUACUCCUCCCCCGUAAGCCGUGCCACCACCUACCUAUUGGGCAUAGGAGCGGGCAUAUAUCAAAGGGCUAAUAAUGGAGAGCUAGAUCUAACGCCCGAAAUGAAGAAACUCGGCUGGAGUUUAUCCACUUUGGGCAUAUUCUGGAGUCUUUGGUCGCCCUCAUCUAGCAUGCGUACGGAUUUCAUUUAUACAUCUUCUGAAGCAGCCUCAUAUGCCUCCUGGUGUCCCCUGGUCUUUGGUCUAAGUCUUUGCUGGUUCAUCUUUAUGUUGCCCAAGACAAGUGAUAAUACCAUUUUAAGAUUUUUAACCAACUCCCAGUGUUUUUUGGUUUUAUCGCGUCUAAUAUUUCCCAUACAAAUGGUGAUGUACGUUGUUGUACUGUAUGGAACGGCAAAGGUCAAAGAAACUGACAAAUUUCAUUUGACAGAUUUGAUCAACAUUCAAGAGAUCGCUGUAAUACUUGUCGGUGCUGUCAUUGUCUCCUUCCUCAUAGACAUACCCUCACAGAAUAUACGCCGUCUGCUUGUGAAUCGCAUAUUUAUAGAACGUCCUCAUCAUGAAAAUGAAGAUCAAGAACAUUUAACAAGUGAACCGGCUUCUGAAGCCUCGGAUGAGGUUAGUGAACAACACCUAACAAGUGAUACUCCUGAACCACCAGACACAGUAUGGGGAUCAGAUCCAGAAGAAGAAGAACAAAAAUAUAUACAAAGAAGGCGUAGUUCUUUGCUGGAAAGUGAUACAAAGAAAGUGGAAGAGAGUAAAGCAAUAGAAGAGGAAGAAGAAGAAGAGGAGGAGGAAGAAGAGGAAAUCAGUGAAAAAGAGGAAGUCAAGCGACAUCCCUAAGAAAGGGACGAUUUCAACUUAUGUUAACUUUGUAAUAUUUUAAGUUUUGGUUACAUCGAAAUCAAAAAAAGACAUGCAUUUCCUAAAAGUAUUCUCUGUCCCACAAAACACAACAUUUCUGCCACACAUAUUUUUGCGUUUUGAUAAGUCUUAAGCCCAUAUGAUACCAUCUCGCUUAAGUUGUGACUUUUUUUUUUGACUCAAACGAAGCCCUUUACACUUCCCUUUACUAAAGCAUAAACACAAACAUAUUCAUGCAAUGCCAAAACUUAAACGAAUGUUAUUGUAAUAAAAACGUUUUUAAAUAUUUCAAGAAA